AUUAAUAUUUCAAUAAAUCUUUGAUACACGGGCAAACUAGCAUACAGUAUUUUAAACAUGGGAGAAAGCGACGAUAAACAAAAUAAUCCACAUUUUCAGAUAAUUCGCGAUCCGAACUUGGCAAAGAAUCGAAUUUUUGUGGGAAACCUGCCGACAUGUACACGUGAAGAAUUGGAAAGUAUUUGUCAUCCGUACGGAAAGGUGUUGGGAUCUUUGGUUCAAAAAAAUUUUGGCUUCGUUCAAUUCGAGUCGGAAGAAGUGGCUAACAAAGUCGCAUCAUCACUAUCCAGAUCAAUUUUCAAGGGAAAUAUAAUAACUGUUAGAAACGCUGCGUCUAAGCAUACUCCUAAGCGACAGGCUACUGAUACUGCUGGAACUUCAAAUAUGAACGCUGGUCACUACAGUGGAGGAGAUAAUGUGACCGCUAAUACCCCUUCAAACCUGAAUCCAGAUUACAAUGAUUGCGAAAUUAUUGUGAUUGACCGACGCAAUACGAAAUAUGCCGAGUACAUUGAACAACGGCUUAAAGAUAUAAACUUAAGAGUGGACGUGUUGUUUCCAAAUGAGGAUGUGCCUCUCGGUAAAGUACUCAUUAAUAUUUCCACUAGGGGGUGUUUAUAUGCCAUAUUGGUUACACCCCAACACGAAGAGCACAACAGCAUAACAGUUAACAUAUUGUAUGGCCAGCCUGCAGAGCACCGAAAUAUGCCGAUGGAAGAUGCAAUACAGUUAAUAGCAAAAGAUUUUCGUCAAAAGAUGGCUACUGAUGCGUCCAAGAAAGCAGCAUUUGUUCCAGCUUUAAAUAAAGCUGUGCCUGUUGCGCCCAUUGGUGUUCCAUCGUUGAAAGAUCGGCACCCUAAUGCGAUCCAAAUACUAAUUAAUUUGCUUGCUGACAACAUGCCACUUACAGUUCUUCAAUAUGAUAAAAUAAUAAAAUACCUUCAAGAGCGUCGUGACCUACAAGUAAAAAUAGAGCUAGGGGAUGCCGCUGAUAUAGCCACUAAAGUUCCCGAUCCUGAAAUCGAGUUACAGAAGAGGAUCCUUGAUAUUAUGAACAAACCGUCUGUGGCAGAAACGCAUUACAAGCUAUUGUACCCAUCUUUGGAAGCCGUUAAAUCAGACUACCGCGUAAUGGAACUCCUAAAAGACGUUCGGGUUCAAAAAGCACUGGAAUCUUUAAUGGAUUCUAAUCUUGUCGGCACCGUAGAAAACUAUAUGAAGUUUUAGCUAUAAUCGUUUUAUUAAUAUAACAGCUGCAAACUACGUAAAUACAUUUAAGUAAUCUAUAUUUUA